AUGGCCGCCGCCGCCGCCUUUGCAGCGCCCCCGUGGCCUCCUCCCGGCUCCACUCGUGGCCGGCGGGUGCCACAGGGUCCGCAGCAGGCUGCCAGCAGGCCCGAGCGGUGGCUCGCGACGCGACUCGGCUGCGCCGCCUCCUCGCCGCCGAGUGCUGCGAGCGUCGAGCGAGUCGCCGGCGAGCCAUCCGCCACAGCCUUAGCUGCCGGCUGUGACUUCACCCGGCAGAGCCUCGACGACUGCUCGGCGCUCGUCAUCGCGCGCAUGGCCGUGGCGCCGCGUCCAGGCGGCAAGCGCACCGUGCCAUGCCUGCGGCGGCAAGCGCACCGUGCCAUGCCUGCGGUGGCGCUGCCACCGACAGCGCCACCACCGCACACUCACGUGCCGUGA